AUGGUGCCGUCUCUUGCUCCGGAAGACUACACCGUGGCAUGGAUCUGCGCGCUGCCAGUGGAACUGACCGCCGCGAAAGCUAUGAUGGAUGAAUUCCACAAACCUCUCGCUCCUCCGAGACCUGAUCACAACAUAUAUACCCUAGGAAGAAUAAAAGGGCACAAUGUGGUGGUCGCCUGCCUUCCGUUGGGUGUUGUUGGGACAACAAUGGCAGCGAUCGUGUUAGCGGAGAUGAGGCCCACAUUUCCGUCACUACGACAUGUUCUCUUGGUUGGUAUCGGAGGUGGGGUGCCAAGCAAGACCGAUAUUCGACUUGGAGAUGUAGUCGUCAGCAAGCCAACUGCCAAGGGAAGUGGCGUGAUACCAUACGACUGUGGGAAAAGGCUGAGUGCUGGGCGAUUUCAGCGUGCAGGAUGUCACGAUAAACCUCCGCGCCAUCUAUUGCAGGCCUUGAGCCACAUAGAAAGUGACCGUCCCUUUGAAGAACGACCGAUUGGACGGUGCAUUGUCGAUGUGCUUGCGAGCAAUGAAGGGAUGAAGUACGAGUUCUCUCGACCUGAUAACGACUGGCUCUUCCACGCGUCAUACAACCACCGCAGUAGUGUUGGAAACUGCUUGUCUUGUGAUCAGAACCAAUUGGUCCACCGAAAGCCCCGAAGUACCGAUGAACCGAAGGUCCAUUAUGGAUUAAUUGGCUCGGGAAACCUGGUUAUGAAAGAUGCCCGCGAACGAGAUCGGAUUUCUCAAGAACUAGACAUCCUCUGCUUUGAGAUGGAGGCGGCAGGCUUAAUGGAUCAAUACAGAUGCAUGGUAAUACGAGGCAUUUGUGACUACUGCGAUUCGCAUAAGAACAAGCAAUGGCAAGGUUAUGCCGCGCUGACGGCCGCGGUAUACGCAAGACAGCUGCUAUCUGUGGUUCCGGGAGAUGAUGUUCGGACGGAAUCGAGAGAUAGUGAAGAAGAGAAAGAGAAUGCGUGUUUGUCAAGCUUGUUCAUUACGGACCCAUGCGACGACAAGAAUGCAUCCAAACGAGUCCAGGGGAAACGUGCACCUCACACCUGCGAAUGGAUCUUGGACACAUGCGAGCUGAAGUCGUGGUUUCGUUCGCAGGAUGCCUCUGAUGAAACCCAUUCGGACAUCUUGUGGCUAUAUGGGAACCCGGGGACAGGAAAGUCAACGAUGGCCAUCACCAUUGCCGAGCAGCUAUCGACUGAAGCUCGUUUCAUCGACAGACGUGACGUUCUGGCCUACUUUUUCUGUGACUCCAGUGUCCAGGAGCGCAGUACCGCGUGUGCUAUCCUGCGAGGCCUAUUGUAUCAGAUGAUGAGACAACACUCGCAUCUUCUGAAACACAUACUUCCCAAGUUCAACGUUCGGAAGGAGAACCUGUUUAAAUCGUUUGAUGCACUAUGGGGCAUCCUCAUGGAUAUUGGAUAUCAUGAUGCAAAUUGCCACGUUUAUUGCAUUAUCGAUGCCCUGGAUGAAUGUGACCAAGAAUCACAAAAGAUGCUUCUCACUCAAAUCAGCCUGACCUUCAUGGAAACCAAGGCGCGAAGGCCAAGAAUUCACUUUUUGAUCACCAGUCGACCAUAUCCGGAAAUCAAAAGUGCCCUCCGUUCGUUCAACUGUAAGGACUUGUCUUCUUAUCAGGAGGUACAGCAGGAUUUGAAAAUCUUCAUCGACGCCAAGGUCAUGCAACUCACUCAGGCCAAGGAAUAUUCGAAGAAUGUGGCAAGGACGGUAUCGCGUAUACUGUCUGAAAAGGCCGAAGGAACCUUUCUAUGGGUUGGCAUUGCUUGUAAUGAGCUGGCAGAUGUGCUAGCUAGAGAUGCGAUCACAACUUUGGAAGCCCUGCCUCGCGGUCUGACUUCGUUAUAUGACCGGUUACUAACGACCGCGCUCGAAGCUAAUGAGAACGAUAAAAACAAGAUCCUACAGAUACUCCGCUGUGUUGCAGUUUCACGGCAACCACUGACUCUGGUAGAGUUGUCCACUGCAUGUGGCCUCUAUGAAAACCAGGACGAACAUGACCGCAUGAUUUUCACUCAGGGGGAUGUUGAGAUGUGCCGAUUUAUGGUUGUGAUUCAAAAAGGAUUUGUGCGCCUUUUGCAUCAAUCCGUAAAGGAUUUCCUCCUCCUUGCUCAAGGCGGGAGCCUGAUCAACAUCCCGAGAGCAAACGCGGUAUUGGCAAAUCGAUGUAUCGAUUACCUCUUGUUCCAUGUGCCGUCAGUGGAACCUUCACAAAGCAAGGAGCAUAACCGCGGGUUUUUCCGAUAUGCGGUCCUCUACUGGCCCGAACAUGCCUCGGCCGCACAAUCUGAAUUCAAUAUUCUGCCAGCGCACAGCUGUUUCUUUCAGCUAGUCUCACACGAGCGGGAGAAGUGGCGGAAGGCCUACAACAAGGAACGGCAUUUCACAUGUAUCCCAGAGGAAUUCUCGGUUCUCCACAUGGCAGCAGCAUGGGACAUCACAAAAGUUAUCUACUUCGUCCUGGAUCAAGUUUUUAUUUCAAGCAUACCGCUGCCGUUCCAAAAGAUGGCAAAAUAUCUCCCAGUAUCUCAAGGUGUCAAAGAUUGUGUUACCUCUUUGGCAGGGUGGAACAAAGUGGGAACGCUAAUCAAUGCAAGGGAUAAGACUGGACGGACUCCCCUUCAUUGGGCAAUUACGAAGCGGCAUACUGAAUCUGUGGACGUGCUAUUACAACAAGGGGCGGACCUUGAUUUACGCGAUAAUGAGUCAAUGUGUGCCCUACAUUUUGCGGCAGCAAAUGGUUACGAGCAACUUGGUCAGAAGUUCUUUCAAUCUUCUCAAAGGUUGGAAGCAAAAGAUCGCUAUGGCCGGACUCCACUGCUGUGUGCAGUAGAGAAUUUACAGGGUGGCAUGAUUCCUCGCCUGGUUAACGCCGGAGCUCAGGUAAAUAGUAUCAAUGAUAUGCAUCAAAAUGCAGCACACCUCAUUUGUCAGGGCUCAGGGAAUCCGGACCGCUACAUACGGCUGGACUAUUUCAUUUCUCAGGAAAUCCCCAUAUGCGUCUGUGAUAAGUUUAACAUGACACCCUUUUUGUAUGCAUUGGGACACUUGCAUGAGGAUCUCGCGCUACUCCUACUGGAGAAAGGAUACGAUGUGAACUUUCGUAUCUGCAGGCAGUGGUGUUGGCGUCAGACGGAGAAUGAUUUUGUGCCCUGUGAAAGCGAUGGAAAAUUUGACCGACCACUCAAAGGGGACUCUUCUAUUGGGCUGACUGCACUUCACUUUACAGCUUUGAAUGGGAUAGUGGGGAUGUCAGAGCUUCUACUUGACUACGAUGCUGAUCCUAAUGCCUUUGACGAAAGUGGCGACACGCCUUUACAUUUAGCAAUUCGAGGCCAAAUAAAGGGGCACAAGUACGCCGAUCCGUGGGUCACUAGAGAAUAUUCCGUGGAGUGGUUGACCGAGCUUAUCGAUGAUCAAGGAAGCGAAGAAGCAUUCGAAACAAGGAAGGCGAUUGAUCAAGCGAGAGAACGUACAGUUCAGCUACUUUUGAAAAGCACUGCUAUUGAUGUUAGCAUCGCAAAUCAUGACGGGGAACGCCCCCUACAUGUGAUUCCCUUUCGAAAAGGAUAUGCGUGCACAGUGCUAUCGGCACUCAUCGACUCUGGAGCAGAAGUGUCCAGCUUGAAUUCAAUGCAUCAAACUUGUCUACACCUAGCCAGCGAGGCAGGCAAUCCGGAUGCUGUUCGCAUACUUUUGAACGAAGGAUGUGACAUGACUUUGCUUGAUAUGCAUGGUUUAAGCCCUGUUCACUACGCUGUUCGUCACAACCACCCAGACAUCGUACGACUCAUGUUCGACAGUCAUCAGGAGCAACUAUCAGAGUUUAUCACUCAGGAUAAUCUUCUAGACAAAAACAUUCUAUAUCACCAUGUUGAAUCAGAGAUAUGCUCCGCCGAAAUGGUCAAUCUUCUUUUGACAUACGGGUGCAAGAUGAACAAACUUGAUGCACAAGGCAACUCUGUGCUCAGUCAAUAUUUGAGUUCAUUUCACUUGGGAAUUCAAUAUGACGUCUUUCAGAUCCUUCUCCGGCAUUCUGGUACUGAAGGGAUUCAUUGGGCGGACAGCGAACAACGAAAUCUUCUACACCUACUGAUGUGCCAAUGGGAUAACGAUAACAUUCCUAUUCUGAAGGAUCUGUCGAAGUUUGUGGACAUAACGGCGAAGGACGCUGACGGGAGGGGUAUUGAACAUCAUGGAGCGAUCCACGGUGCAUUCAACGCAUCCCUGACCCGAUUUCUUCAAGAAGGAGGGAGCCUCAAACUUCACGAAAAGGAUCUGAUGGGCAAGACACCGCUUGAAUAUGCCGUAGAAGAGGCCGAUCGGGAACGCCCCAGUGAUCUUUUUGGAGGUCAACGGUGGCAAGAAUCUCUGCAGAAUUUGAAAGAUGCAUGCAGAACAGACUAA